AUGUUAUUGAGAAAAGAGCCAUAUGUUUCGGGUUUCACUGACCCUCGUGAUGUUUUUGCAAUAAACAGUUUAUAUGCUUCUCUGGGCUUCCCUCCCCUUCCUAAUUGGAUUCCCUUUGGGGGUGACCCUUGCGGACUGAAUUGGCAAGGAGUACUGUGUGUCAAUUCCAACAUAACCUCUAUCAUUUUAAAUGGCGCAAAUUUGGGAGGUGAACUCAGUGAAGACUUGGGAUCGUUUUCCUCGAUUUUACAAAUAGAUCUAAGCAACAACCAUAUUGGGGGCAGCAUACCAUCCAACUUGCCUAUCACUAUGAGGAGCUUUUUUCUCUCAGGUAAUCAGCUCAGUGGAAGCAUCCCAUAUAAUCUAUCCUCCUUGGACCAACUGACUGAUUUGUCUCUGAACAACAAUAAUUUAACUGGAGCAAUUCCAGAUGCCUUUCAACAGCUCAAGGGUUUGAUCAACGUGGAUUUGUCAGGAAACAGUUUGUCUGGUCAGCUGCCUCCUUCAAUGGGAAUUUUGUCAUCUCUUACCACGCUGCAUUUGCAGAACAAUCGGCUUACUGGAACCCUGGAUGUUCUUCAAGAUCUUCCCCUCAGAGCUUUGAACAUAGAAAAUAAUCUGUUUUCUGGACCUAUACCCGAGAAGUUGCUCAGUAUUCCUGAUUUCAGUCGAGGAGGUAACCCCUUUAACACUACAAUAAUACCUUCACCAGCAUCACCUCCUUCAUUUCCCCCUUCUAUGGCACCUUCUCCUCAUCUGGCUCCUACAAAACGAGCAAAUGGACCAUCAGCAUCCCACUUACCACAAUUUGAAAGGGAAGGAAAGAAAAGUACAACAAAAAGUGUUCCGUGGAUUUCUGUUGCUGGAUUGUUGGCAGUUGUAUUACUAGCUUUGGGGCUAUGUGUUCUCAUGUUCAAAUGUUGUAAAAGGAGGAAAUUAAAAGAGAAAAACUCAAAAAAGUAUGAAAUGGGAGCACUUGGCAUCCUCCAUCAGACUAGCAGACAAGACCAGUAUCUGCCAAAGCCUCGUUACCAUGUAGAGAGAGAACCAAAAGAAGGGGAUUUGCAGCAAUCUUUUGGAGGUAGUAAAAGAAAGACUGCAGUGCUAAAUCAGAAAAAAGAUCACAGUACAGAUAUAACAAGUUUGGAUUAUACGCAGCUACCUCCACGUGCACAUCCUCUUCCUCUUCUCCCUGCUGAAAGAAUUGCUGCAGAUCCAAUUUUUUCUUCAUUAACCUCAAGGGAACAUGCUUCUAAUCGUGUUGACUCUGUUAAGUUCUUUAGCAUUGCAUCUCUUCAACAGUAUACGAAGAGCUUUUCUCCAGAAAAUUUAAUUGGAGAAGGCACGCUUGGAACAGUUUACAAAGCUGAGCUUCCUGGAGGAAAGGUCCUGGCUGUCAAAAAAUUGAACACAAUGGCUUCUAGGCAUUUGAGUGAUCGAAAAUUCCUCGAGCUAGUGUCAAAUAUCUCUAAACUUCAACAUACAAAUAUACUGGAACUCGUAGGUUACUGUCUGGAGCAUGGACAACUUCUGCUUGUGUAUGACUAUUGCAGAAUUGGGACGCUCUAUGAAGCACUACACUUGGAUGAUGAGAUCAAUAAAAAGCUUUCAUGGAAUGCUCGGAUGCAUUUGGCACUUCAAGCUGCAAGAGCCCUGGAGUAUUUGCAUGAGACGUGUCACCCACCUAUUGUGCACCAGAACUUCAAGUCAGCUAAUAUUCUCCUAGAUGAUGGGCUUACUGUGCGAGUUUCUGAUUGUGGAUUGGCUCCGCUGCUGCCAUCUGAUUCCAUGAAUCAGUUGCAAGGUCAUGGUUAUGGGGCUCCAGAACUUGAAUUAGGAAGCUAUACCUACCAGAGCGAUGUCUACAGCUUUGGAAUUGUGAUGUUAGAACUUCUAACUGGGCGAAAAUCUUAUGACAGGUUGCGCCCCCGUGGAGAGCAAUAUCUCGUUAGAUGGGCAAUUCCACGGCUUCAUGAUAUAGAUGCGUUAUCUAGAAUGGUUGAUCAUUCUCUAAAUGGCGCUUAUCCUUCAAAGUCUUUAUCUCGGCUUGCUGAUAUAAUUUCUUUGUGUAUUCAGCACGAGCCAGAAUUCAGGCCACCAAUGUCUGAGAUUGUCCAAAACCUCCUACACAUGAUACAGAGAGAUUCCUGA